AUGAAACCCGGUACAGACCGGUACGAGCGGGAGUUCAACAGUAUCAUGAGCACGAUCGAGAAGCAGAUGGAUAGGGAGGCGUCCAAUGACAUUCCCAUGCUUGAAGAUGCUCUCGGUCCGGACGCGAGUAGGCGUGCUGCCGAAAAGUUCGUCCAGACAAGGAAGUUUGCGCCUGCUUUACCUGACCCUGAAUUCGCGACUCCUAAUGACCCCAUCGUCUCUGUGGCUUCCUUCCUGCAAACGCCGAUCGACGAAUUGAAGGACCGGUUCGAGAAAUCGCAGUUCCCGACGCCCGAGAUGUUCAAAGAGGCUGAGAAGCACAUUCACUGA